AUGAGCUCGUCUGCAAGUCAACAUCAGCCGUCAGGACUCGCUUGGCCACAAGAGUACCUUCACACGAUCGAGGUGUUGGACAGCAAGGUCGCUAAAAUCAAUGGCCGAUACAACCGCGUUCAACUACUCAGCUCUGGAAACAAGUUGACCGAGGCCGCUGACGGUACUGUCACUCUCAAUGGUGAGCCGAUGCCGAUCGGGAAGAAGCUUCACUCCUGGUUCCAAAUCACAUUCUCAAACGGCAGUGUGACGGGCUUCGCCGACUGGACAGGCAAAUGGGAAAUUUCGCCGCCAAUCGGAGGCAGCAGAGAGAUCGAGAUCAAGCUGCGCGAGAGCCAGCUCGUCAGUAUGUAUGGUGUCUGCUGCAAAGGGCGAGCUGGGAAGAACGAGUUGACUCAGACGAGAGAUGGUGUUACUCUCAAUGACGAGGAGCUUGGGACUGGGCGAUGCUCGGGCGGUCGCCAUCUGGGUGGCGAAUCCGGAAUCCAGGCGCGCUGCUGGCUGUCACCCGCUGGGUCCUCUGCGACGUGCUCUUCGACUAUGCCAGGGACGUUACGCAGAGGUGUAGACGUUCCGGGGGUCAUGCAGGAGCUACGAAGAGCGCAUCAGAACACUGCCGAUAUAGUGGCCCCCGCGGGAAUCGAACAGCAGCUGCAGGCGAAAUCUGAACCGCCACUUUUUCACGCCACCCAUUUUUGUGCGAUCCGAUUUUCCGCGGUCAAUUCGCGCCGACGCUUCCUGUCCGAUUGCGAGCGCAAAGGUAGAGUAGCGGGGUGCCAAAAAGGAAUACCUCCGGCCUGGAUUGAACAGGCGAUUUCAUGCGCAGAACAACAUGGUGACCUGUUGUAA